AUGGCGACCCGACCAAGUCGAUACCGGUCCUCGACCUCCGCCUCGAACCCUCCAAAGACCACAAAAGCGGCCGAGGUCCUCCAAGGUCUCUUGGACAACCUCUCUUCUCAUAUUCGAACGCGCGGAGUCUCCGGCUAUCCCGACACGCAGGCCCUUAUGAAAUAUGCUCGGCAACUGCACCAGCAUCUGGCCGCGUCGACCCCCCCCAGUCCCUCCCAGGACGACUUCAGACAUUUACACGGCUACCAACACAUCCUAGACCUCCUGAGAUCAUUCUCCGGGUACUACAAUCCCUCGAAGCGUACACAGACAGAAAAGAAGGCCCUAUUUGAGCUCCUGCAUAUUGCACUAGCUGUCUUGUCUGCCACAUUUCGCGGACAUCAAGGAAAUAGGCGCUACUUUCGCCAUCGGGUCGAGGGCGGAGGAUGGGAGGCUCUUGAACAGAUAAUUGCAAGCAUUGGGCUGGGUGGUAGUGACUCGGAUCUAUACUCCAACUGUCAGCUUUUUGGCAAGCUGCUGUCGUUCGCACUUGACGACCAGCGGCUAGAUGAGCUGUGCCAGUCCGUUGCUUCUGCACAGGCGGCCCGCGCAGGAGCAGGCAAAUCCGAGGACGAUGAAGACGGUGCCGCCAAAGGGGAUGCAUCCUUACAAAAGGACGCAGAGAUGGCCUUUGUUGAGACCGAAUUACACAACAUUAUUGGACCCAAGACGGUCCUCCAGAACGCAGAGAUCAUGCGUACCGUCGUCGGCUUCUGGGAAUCCAUUCCCCGGCAAAAGGAGAAAGAUCCUGAUAUAACGUCCUUCGUCGUUGUCACAGCCCUAUCGCUUGUCGUUUCGUCGUCGUUUGCUAACCUGGCGGCCUUGCACACCACUGGUGUCUUGUCGAGAUUCUUACGUCUCUACUUUGGCCAAGGUAUUCAACUCGGUGACCUUGAGAGGGAAAAAGUGCUGGCGCUUUGCAAAUCCAUGAUGAGCCUCGGUGUCAACAGGCUAGUUGAUGCGCAAUUCCUUCUCUCGAACCAGGACCCUGCAGCAUCUGAGUUCUCCCUUGCCAUGGCCGAGAAGCACUGCAACCCGUCCUUCGUUCAGUUCGACCUGUCACUUCAUGGGCAUUCGUCAAUCGAGUUGCCAAACAUAGGACGCUCAUUCCCUCCCCUCUCCUCUGCCGGCUACACCUUCACGGCAUGGCUCCGCGUGGAUAACUUUGAUCCAAACUCCCACACUACCAUCUUCGGCGUCUUUGACUCGACGCAAACCUGCUUCUUGCUGGCCUAUCUCGAACGAGACACCCACAACUUCAUUCUGCAGACAUCUGUGACUUCUCAACGGCCAAGUGUUCGCUUCAAGUCUGUCAAGUUUAAGCCAAACCAGUGGUAUCAUGUUGCCAUCGUACAUCGGCGACCCAAGACAAUGAUUGCCAGCAAGGCCUCGCUCUACGUCAACGGAGAGUUUGCAGAGCAGCUGCGGUCCUCAUACCCAUCUCAACCGCCCCUGGCCAGCGGCAGCACCGAUAGCUUUGCUUCGUUCGCAUCCAAUGCCCAAAAGACAGCUCAGGUCCAAGCUUUCCUUGGAACCCCACGAGAUCUGUCGACCAGGGUUGGCCCGGGCUUGAUAUUCUCAAAAUGGUCACUAGCAACAGCACACCUUUUUGAGGACACUUUGAGCGACGACUUUAUCGCUGUACAUUACCGCCUUGGGCCUCGGUAUCAAGGGAAUUUCCAGGACCGUCUGGGCAGCUUUCAAACCUAUGAAGCAUCUGCAGCCUUGAGUCGUCGCAAUGAGAUGCUCCAUCCCGGGAAGGAAGAGAACUCUGAUAUCCUAAGAGCAAUCAGAGACAAAGCAAGCGUGAUCUUGCCAGAGCAAAAGGUACUGAUGGGUACGAUCCCUGGGGCUAUGUUUCGGACAGAUGGCCAAUUCCUGGAAUCUCUUCUCUUCAGAUCCCUUUCUAGGAAUGCGGCCAGCAAUCUUCUCUCGUUGACCGCUAAGACUGGGACGGCGAUAGCGAUCAACUCCGCUAUACCCUGUGUCAACGAUGCUCUUGUUAGGGCCCAUGGCGUGUCAAUCCUGGCAGGAGAUCCGGUCCUUGCUACACCAUACAACUUUGAUGACAAUCUGUGGCGACUUGGAGGCUUCACGCCUGUUGCCCUCAAGUUGGUGGAGAGGACUACAAAUUCUGAUGAUCUCCUACGCUCGGUUGAGUUUAUGUUUCUCUGCAUAAAUCAGAGUUGGCGUAAUAGCGAAGCGAUGGAGCGGGAUAAUGGCUAUGCUAUCUUGGCGAUGCUCCUGCGAGCCAAGUUAGGAUACCCUGGCUCUGGCCCUGACAAUACUGGCUGGCGGUUGACACUAACCAGUGAGGAGCGAGAUCGUCUGAGUUUCCAACUUCUCAGCCUCGUUCUGGCGUUUGUCGGAUACAGACAUGCCGACAAUCUCGAGUCGUUCAUUGUCAACCCUCUGGCCUACCGUAUUCUGCUCAUCGACUUUGAUACGUGGCGAAAGGCAGCGCGUCUUACGCAGGAGCUAUACUACAAGCAAUUCUUGACAUUUGCGGUCACGAGCAAGCACCACCAGUUCAACAACAGGCGUCUUGUCAGAAUGCGUGUAACGAAACGACUCUUAGACGCAGUCAAGGGCGAAUCGAUCUCGGAGGAGGUCUUGCCUCACUUUCUUUCCGCGUUUGAAACACUCAUCCGGUGCAACUAUAAUGCAGAGGUUCACCGGUCCCUGGCUCUGUUCAUCACAUACGCGCUCCAUACUCAGCCAACUUCUCUCCCGAGAACCCCAAAGCCGCUUUCAGCGCUCAGUCGGUCAAGCACGCCGAAGCCACUUCUCGACACUAAUGGAUCCGUCAGCGCAAACAACAGUAAAAUCCUGAAUAAGAGACAGCUCGCCGUCCGAAUCCUUGGCAUGUAUACAAGAAUGCUGUGCGAGAAAGGGAACUUGACCGACAUUCGCAAAUUUGCCAAGACCGUAACAAACAAGUGGUUGCUUUAUCUGCUCGCGGAAAAUGACCCUGAGAUUGUCGUCAACGGCUGCAAGAUCCUUGCAAGACUUUUGGUCUCGCAUGGUGCCGGAUACGUCGCAAAGUUUGCCACUAAGACUGGCGGCUUCACCAUCAUGGCCCAUCGAUUAAGAAAUUGGUGGGACAUCCCGACACUCUGGCCGAUCUGCUUGUGCAUACUAUUCGGUAAAGAUGUUGCCGAAGUGGACUUUGACAAGCCCUUCGAUUUGACCAAUCUUGCGGCCAUCUCUUCUAAAGGCCGAAUCGUAUAUCCAGAGGCGCUGCCAGUCCUCAUUUCGAUGCUCCAGCACGGCCUGAGAGACGUUUUGAGAUACCAAGAUGAUCCCGACUCUCCUGCCCGCCCUUCAAGUGGUGCUAGAAGCCCUACGGCACAGGUCGAUUUGCUUGAUAGCCGACCCCGAGACAGGUCUAUGUCUUUAGCAGAAGAGCUCGCGCUGAGACAGUCGAACAAGGCAGACAAGGACAGAAUCAGUAGCCAUGCGACUGUUCUGCAAACUAUGGUCCGGUUUCUAGCUGACCUCUACACACGGUCUUCCACCUUCAGAGAUUUCGCUUUAAGCUCUGAAUACGUCCGACUGCUGCUUACUGCUCUUUACCCGGUAAUCGUUAGCACUGAUGCUGUUUCUCCUGAAACCGAGUUAAACUCGAAGGACUCGGCCUUGACGUUCGAGGGUGGCGAUGUUCUCAUAAGACCUGUACCCGGUUCGGCGCUCCCUGCCCCCAUUGUGCGUACGGCUAGCGCCUCGUCAACAGAGUCCGCGGUCUCCCUCGGGGUGCAACCAACGCGAGGCACGCCGCUUCGGAAAGCCUCGUCCUUCAUUCUGUUGAGUGCCCAAAAGUCCCCUCCACCACAGAGUGCUGCACGAUUCAGUCAUGUCAUGUCUCCGAAGAAACAAGUUGCUACACAACAAGUGAGCAAUGUUGUUCUUGAGGGGCUGCUGGAUCUGGUCAUCAAAGUCUUCGCAGACCAAGUCAUGGUCCGAAAAGAAUUCUCUGGAUUUGGAUUAUUCUUGAAAGUCCCACCCGGGUUCCAGGAGCACCAGGCUUACUUCGAGUCGUAUGUCUUGCGGAACACAGUCGAGCAGUUAGGCGAACUUGUCCGGUCGAAUCAGAAGGUCCUUUGCGAACCAAGGAUCCUCACCAAUAUGGCACGGUUAAGUGUUCAUGUGCUCGAAGCAACCUUUGAGGGGUGGUUCAUGAAUGGGGCUCUGACAAUGUUGGACUUUACUGGCAUGCUGCUCGAGUAUCUUCAGCGCCCAGAAGUCUCCUCGAUGAAGAGCGUGCGUCUGUGCAUGCCAGCAGUGGGCACUCUCCGACUUUGCUUCCUCAAGGUAGCUCUGCUUCUCCUCUCGGACAUCGACGAUGCUCAGAUAUCAGACGCAGACGCGCAAUCGGCACUGGAAAAACUGUUCUACUGGCAAACUGUGUUAUUGAACUGCCUGUCGACUGAAGAUGAGUACAUGAAGCUCUUUUGGUAUCAGCUCUAUGCCAAACUGCUGGACAAGAGAGAACCUAUACGUCUUGUUGCCGCCAGCAUUUGGCGUAUUAUGCUGGUGCAGAAGCCACAGGAGUCAGCCAUCACUUUCCGGCAGUGCUCGAAUUCCGACCAGGGCCAGUUGACGAAGGGGUUCAGCAAACUGACUGAAGUUGAUGACGGCGCAUUUGUUGAGUGGGUCGAUCAGCAUAGGCCUUCGCUCGACACCAUUUUCUUCGGAGGCAUGUCCAAAACCUGGGAGGAUUUCGUGGGUGUCGAGAACCAACGUACAUCUGCAACAGCGCGAUCUCGAGUUGCGAAUCGAAAAGAGAAACUGAAGCAAUGGCGUGCCGAGGGGCGGGAGAAAGAGAACGUGCUCUUGCGGCAUGAAAUGGCCAACAGCUCUUGGAUGAAGAGCAUCUACAUGACUGAGCAUUUCAGAUACCAGCGCACGCUCCAAGACCAACAAGACGAUCUGACCUUCCUCAUCUCCAACUUUAGGAGGAUGGAGAGGGACUUGAAACGACCCGGUGCAGUGUUUGCAGAGCCCUCCGUUAUUAAAUGGAAGCUGGAUAGGACUGAGGGGAGAAACCGGAUGCGGCGCCGGCUGCUUCCAGUCUACUCUACACAGCAACAAGACUAUCUACCGAAGCGACGAGCGACUGAUUCUACACCUUCCAGCAUCCCCUUGCGUCUGAAUACUUCGGCCGGGGAGGCUGCGACGGGCCAGAGUCUCAGUGCAACCCCGAUCAACAAUGAUGGGCCUCCGGGUGACAACCUAGGUCGGAAUGCACUCGUCUCCGCUCCAACAGAGGACGAGGUCGCGGACUCGGCAUCAGAGUCAGGUGUGGGACCAGAAGAAGAUUUUGAGCUUGUGGAGGACCCGAACGACGCGGAAGGCGAUGACGCCUUUGAGGACAAGAACAGAAAGGUCAUGCGGAGACUUGAGCACGGCGAUGCAGUCCAGCAUGUUUACAACAUCUCUCGGAUCAUUGGCCUUGAUGCCUGCGAAGGAAUCCUCAUCAUCGGAAAAGAUGAUCUUUAUAUCAUGGACAAUGUGUUCCAGAGGGCAGAUGGCGAGAUCGUGAACGUGUGGCAGGCACCAGUUGAGGAACGGGAUCCAUUCUCUCAGAUUAUCACUGGCACCAAGCCUGGCGACAAGGAGAAGCGCCCGACACUUAAAGCCAGCGAUCAGGAGUCGCGCAAUUGGAAGUGGUCGGAUGUGAUCAGCAUUUCGAAGCGGCGCUUCCUCUUCCGUGAUGUGGCCAUCGAGAUCUUCUUCCGUGAUGGCCGGAGCUACCUCCUGACUGCGCUCAACCCUACGAAACGUGACGAGGUCUUUGGCAAACUCAUGCUCAAGACGCCGCACACCACCGGGCCAAAUACACUGCCCAAUCCUGAGGACGCUUGGCGGCUCGAGGCCCUCAAAGUUUUCGAGGAGGCACCCCAGACAUUCGGAUCCAAGUUCGGGUCCAUCUUCAACUCCUCACCAUGGAACCCGAUCAUGAGAAGGUGGCAAAAGGGAGAGAUCUCCAACUUCCACUACCUCAUGUUGGUGAACACGAUGGCAGGCCGAACUUUCAAUGACCUCACACAGUAUCCUGUGUUCCCUUGGGUACUGGCUGACUAUAUGAGCGACGAGCUCGAUCUGGACGAUCCUUUGACCUUCCGAGACUUGAGCAAGCCUAUGGGUGCACAGAGCGGAAGUCGGCAGAGCGAUUUUAUGAUGCGGUACAACAGUCUUGCCGAGAUUGGCCAGACUCCCUUUCACUAUGGCACCCACUACUCGUCUGCCAUGGUCGUCUCUUCCUACUUGAUUCGGUUGCCACCUUUUGUCGAUUCAUACCUGCUGCUCCAGGGUGGCCACUUUGACCACCCAGACCGACUCUUCUUCUCGAUUGAGGGAGCCUGGAAAUCUGCCUCGCGGGACAACGGCUCCGACGUCCGCGAGCUGAUCCCGGAGUUCUACUGCCUUCCCGAGUUCUUGACAAAUAUCAACGGGUACGAUUUCGGGCUGCGCCAGGGCGGCAAUAAAGUUGACAACGUGAUCCUCCCGCCCUGGGCCAAGGGUGAUCCGAAGAUCUUCAUAGAAAAGCAUCGCCAGGCGCUCGAGAGUCCGUACGUCACGCAGAACCUCCACCACUGGAUCGACCUUGUCUUCGGCUACAAGCAGCGGGGUGAUGCCGCCGUGGAGAAUCUCAACGUCUUCCAUAACCUGUCUUAUCACGGGGCGAUCGAUCUAGAUAAUAUCACUGAUCCUCAGGAGCGAGCGAUUGUCACCGGCAUCAUUCACAACUUUGGCCAAACGCCUCAUCAGGUCUUCUCAAAGCCUCAUCCUGCCCGCGAUCCCGACCAGGGAAAUGCUAAGCGGCUAGAUACAUCGGUCGGCUCGUUGACGAAGCUUCCGUAUCCACUACUAGAGAGUCACGAGAAAGUCGCGUCUUUGAUCUACACGCCCAAGAUCGAUCGACUGCUAUGCGCCUCUCCGUUCAGGGUCAACCUUCCGCCUUACUACGACAAAUUCCUGGAAUGGGGCUACGCCGACAACAGCAUCCGGUUCUACUUUAGCGACAACAGGAAGCCUGCUGGCCUGUUUGAAAACCUUCAUAUCGGCCAGAUCUCCUCUCUGACCUUUGCGGACUCCAAGACUUUGAUCACCGCGGGCGAAGAUUGUGUCGUCACUGUGCACUCUGUGCAGUCGGUGUCUGGAAAACCGGUUGAAUUGCAGCAACGCUCGUCGCUCUUCGGGCACAAGUCGCCCGUCACGACCAUGGCAGUGUCCAAGGCCUUCAGCACUUUUCUGACCGCGAGUGAGGACGGAGGCGUCUUCCUCUGGGAUCUCAACCGCCUCGAGUUCAUCCGCAAACUGCCCAUCUCGAGAGCGGUGGAGUGCGCCCGCAUCAACGAUGUCACGGGCGACAUCAUCCUGUGCUCCGGCCCCAACGUGCUCCUCUUCACACUGAAUGGAGAGCUGCUCGUGGACCAGAACGUCUGUGGCGCGGAGAGCCCCGAUGACUUUGUCCAGUCGUGCUCGUUCUACGAGGGUGCCGGCAAUGAGUGGCUGGAGAAUUGCCUGGUCUUCACCGGCCACCGCAGGGGGCGGGUGAAUGUCUGGCGCAAGACGGCGGGGAAGAACGGGCGCUGGGCGCUCGAGUUCCUCCGCAGGCUCGAUCACAUCGAUCCCAAGUCCGAGUCUGGAGCGAAUGUUGACGCCGCUAUCACAUGCAUUACCCCUAUGCCUCAGCUAGUCUAUACUGGGGAUGAAGACGGGCGUGUGUAUGAAUGGAACUUGAUUCCUCGAGAACGGUAG